AUGGAAACCGGCGCGGUAAGCAAGAAGGCAGACCCUAAAUCCAUAGCAAGUAGAGUACUAACCUGCCCUGGUCCUUUCUCGACCGUGCGGUUAGCACAAUCCUCGAUAAGUGGACAUAUUCGUCCAGCGGCAGUCACUAUUGUUGAGAUAAUGCAAAAUCUAGAGAGAGAUGGUCUCGGAAAGGUUAUUGUCGUGGAUAGAACCACUGUGUUUUAUAAGAGCCUUCCGUGCAACGUUGACGAGGAGGUCCUCGGAAACUAUGGUGUUAUUCUUGGAAACUACAGUAACCAAUUCAAAGAGAGGUGA